UAUAAGGAAACAGCGGAGAUUUCCAAGUACAAUAAUAAUUAUUUUCUUUUUAUUAAAAGAACUAUGUUUUUAAAAUAAUAUGUGUAGUGUAUGUUCUUUCCCAUUGCAAGAGAUAACAGCUCGUUCCAGUCAUUACUUCUCUGAUUUUGACAUGAAAUUGGAUAUGAGCAGAGAAGAGGUGAAGUUGCUAUGCUAAAAUUACAUUUGUAAGCUGGUGUGAAGUGUGACUGAAGUUUCAAAUCAAUGCCCUACAUCUUAGUGAGGGGCAAUCUCUCAUCUUACGGGAAAGACUACCCAUGGCGAGUUCUUGUUUCAGGCUUGAAAGCAUGUGACAUUGAACAGUUGAAAAGAUUUGCCUCAGGUGGGUAUUGUGAUGAAUCUACAAUUGUGUACCUGCAGCAUCCUUGCGUUGUUCUAACUGCUCUCGAAGUUUUAGGAUAUCAAGUUGUUGCAUCUUCAUCCACAUCAAUUAAACAAGACUAUAAUGAGUAUAUGUGGACAAUGAGAAAGGAAUUUACAGAGCCAGAACCUGUUUUCACUAAGCCAACAUUGAAGCAGUAGUCAUGAAUAUGUCUGUACCAACAUAUUAUUAUAUAGCAGUGAAGGGUUCUUUGUAUGCAAGUGACUGCUCAGUCUUUGGACUAAUUCCAGCAGAAGU